AUGGCUCCCCUACCAAGGAUGACCAACCCCGUCUGUCUGAUUAUGAAUUCUGCUGAUAAUAAGUUGGCUGUUAAUGAGGAAGCCAAAACAAUCUUGUCAAAGAUCUCCCAGCCUCUAGUUGUGGUGUCCAUUGUUGGGCCUUACCGGUCUGGAAAAUCCUACCUAAUCAACAAGUUAUCAGGCCAGCCAGGAGGUGUUUUCUCUGUGGAUCCCACAAUUAAAGCAAAUACUAAAGGCAUAUGGAUGUGGUGCAUGCCACACCCAGAGAAACAUGGACAUACCUUGGUGCUUUUGGACACGGAAGGACUGGGAGACCCAGACAAGGGAGACAAGGAAAAUGAUCGUAUAAUCCUAUCAUUGGCCCUGCUCAUGAGCAGUGCUGUCAUCUACAAUAGUUCUGGGGUUAUUGACUACUAUGCCCUGGAGAAACUAGAGGAGUGUGAGGGCCGCCACCCCGACCUGAGCAACGGCUACAACCCCAGCCACGUGUACGAUGGCCUCUUCUCCUCUGUACCCAGAACAUCCAUCGCCAUCAGGGACUCCUUCAGACUUUCUCGUCUCGUCUCCAAGCAGCUCAGCCGCCCACUCUCCAGCCCCAGCAGCGGCUGA